GCGAGCUUUUGAUAGUUACGUGCUUUAUGUUGAUUAGAUGGAUGCUUGUCAACCUGUAGGUGGUAGGGUUGUUCGUUGUUACCCCAGGGACAGUGUCCUCCAUGCUGCAACUUGCGACGUGUUUUCGCAUUUACCCGGCCUGCUCUUCCAGCCCUCCGAUCUCCUGAGCUGGGAACCCAUCGAUCGAUGCUCUUAAACGCCCGUCACGGACGAGAGAAUGGUCUCCCCGCCUGACCUGCUCCUCUCAUGCCUCGGCCUCUCUCCUGAGCACUCGCGCUCCCGCCCUCAUGGUUUAUACAGCCCUCUUGCAAAGGUAGCCGACCCCCCAAUCCCACUACCAGCAUCAGCCAACUGCAUCUUCUGCAACCCCACACGCGCCGGCGGCUUCCGCAUCGUCCACGAAGACAACUCGUUCAUCGCCUUUUACGAUCGCUCGCCCGCCGCACGGGUACACCUGCUUGUCGUCCCUCGAGUGCACAUUGCCAACGUCAAGACCCUCCGCAGCAGGAGACAAGGGGAAGGAAAAGGAGACGGCAACGACGAUGAUGCCAAGCUGAUCAAGCAGAUGCAUGCCUUUGGGCAACUGGCAAUCGAUAUUGCCGCGAGAGAAUUGCAACAUGAUACGGACAAGGGAGCAGGAUGUGCCUCGAUAGAGACACGUGCGAAGAUGAGGCCUGGACAGGAACGAUAUGCGGAUGAAGUCGGAAUACCAGGGGCUAGACGCUUCGGCUUCCAUAUUCCACCUUUUCGAUCUGUCGAUCACCUGCACCUCCAUUGUCUGCUCCUCCCUUUCGUCUCCCCUCUUAAAGCGCUCAAGUACCACGUUACGCUGCCAUCCCACGAGCUCGGCAUACAGCAUUAUAAAGGCUACAGUUGGUUUGUCCAAUGGCGCCAGUGCGUUGACAUCCUAGUGCACGGUGGCAAGGUGGGCGUGCGCCCGUGUUGAUGCAGCUGCGAGAUCAAUAAGCUGCCAAUAUACCAUAUCAGAUAAUGUGGAAAUGACAGACGGUGCGCACGCACAUACAGACCGAGCCUAUACACUCCAAUCAUGUACAUAGAUUGCAAGCAUAUACCCC